GUUCAUCUACCCCUUGACCUAAUUGUGGAGAUACUCAAAAAACUCCCGACAAAAUCUUUGAUGAGGUUCCGAUGUGUCUCAAAGCCAUGGUCAUUCAUUAUAAGCAAACGUAGAGACUUCGUUGAGUCGAUCAUGGCUCGGUCUUUGAGACAGCCGCCUCAUAAGCUUCCGGUCUUCAUCUUCCACCAAUGUGAUCCUGGAACUUUCUUCACCGUGUCGUCUACAUUCUCUCAAAGCACAAAACCCAAAGUAUACAACCCUACCACGAGGCAAUGUCUUCCUUUACCCAAGAUCGAAUCAAUGGUACUCUCACCAAAGAGACACAAACACUGUUACUUUGGAUACGACCAUGUCAUGAAUGAAUACAAAGUGUUGGCCAUGGUUAAUGACUCGCAAGAGUUGACGCAAACUUUUCAUGUUUUCACAUUGGGUAGAGAUUGUCCUCAAUGGAGAAAAAUCCGAGGCAAUAUUGAUUACGAACUCAUUUCAGUCAGCCGGGCGGGGGUAUGCAUUGACGGAACUAUUUACUACGUAGCAGUUAGAAGA